CAGUUUGUGGUAGAAAGCCACUUCACACAGAGUAGUUCAUUUAUUAAAACAAUGGAAUUGCAAAGUGAAGUCGUGCAGCAAGAACGGUUGUAUGGCUGCAGUAAUAAACAAAGCAACUCUUAAAUCGUGGAAAUAAGUGAAACGCACACCGGAACAACCCGAUAAGUUAAUAAUGCUCUUUAUUUGAUUGUUAACGGGCACAUGCAAUUCUAAUACGCCUAUCGAAUUUGCGUUUGCCAGCGGUUUUCAAAUGAAUUGCACCAGAACGAUAGGGGGAGGAGAGCUUUUUCUCCGAACAGCUGUUAAAACCAGGAAGAGAACGCGCCGAAAGACUGGACCAAAAACGAAUUUCUUGACAAGAGUCUUGUUCUACAGAAGUUACAAAUAGACUCGGCUAGCAUCUUCAGCUUUUUCUCCCAUAAGUCUACCUUGCCUGUAGAGCUGGCCAUGCCUCUGUACAUGGCAAGUGAUGACUUCAUUUACAAAAGGAGGCCCAAGCGCACGAAGCCCCUGAGGCCUUGCAUUCAGUGCUCUAGUGUGGAAGUGAAGCAUAAAGAGGCCAGUACCAGCACUGAAGGGGAGUGCAGAGCUAAGAAGCAAGUGUCCUUUGCAGACCACAAGGGGCUGGCGCUGACAAUGGUCAAGAUCUUUUCAGAGUUUGAAGACCCCAUUGAAAUCCCGUACAACAUCCAGGAGUUGAUCGACACGGUGGUGAACUUGUCGGUGGAGAGGGACAGCCUGGUGCUGGAUUUCGAGCAGCCCUCUGCGGACUACCUAGCCUUCAGGCAGCGGCUGGAGAAUGACCAUGUUUGCUUGGAGAACUGCAUGCUGAAAGAGAAAACCCUGGUGGGCACAGUGAAAGUCAAGAAUCUGGCAUUUGAGAAGUCUGUCAAAUUGCGGGUCACCUUCAACACUUGGAAGAGCUUCAUAGACCACCAGUGCCAGUAUGUAAAUGACAUUUACACAGGCUCUGACAGGGACACUUUCUCCUUCGAGAUCGACCUGCCACACAACAUACCACCACAUGAACGCAUAGAAUUCGCUCUGUGCUACACAAGCAAUGGGAAGGAUUUCUGGGACAGCAACCAAGGCCAAAAUUACAAGGUGAUUCGAUCUGUACUAAAAACCUCUCCCGAGAACGGAGUGAACGGUUCUCACGUUAAUGGGUUUUCUGACGUAGGUAUUCAUUUUGACCCCUAUGGCAGCCCUAGAUGCUCGUAUGGUAUUUUUCCCGAAUGGCCUUGCUAUGAAGGCUUUGAAAAAAUAGGGCCUUAUUACUAACUUGUUUUGUUGAGGGACAUAUCCAUGCUGAAGAGCCAUAUGAUCUACUUGUUUCUCUUUUUAUCUGAUCUGUGAAACGUUGAAGGUUAAGCACCUAAUACUGUUGGGUUUAUGAGAACUGACCACAAGGAACUUGCCUAGAUGGAGGUGUGUAGUCAGAAAUGUAUUUGGUUAUGGGUCACUUCCACCAAUAAUAUUUAAGCUGUUACAGUAAUAUUGGACCUUGACCUCUGUCAAUUGAAUCUUGACACAACCUUUAUAACAAUUUCAGAUGGGGCCUUUUUGCUAGGCCGGUGAAAAGAUUAACACAGUGCAAUACUACUAAAUACCAUUGUGGUAGUCUUGGUAACUUGCUUCCUGAAAUCUGUGAAGGGAACAUUGAAGCCAACAUUUUGCUUUGUCACAUGAUAGGACACAUUUUGACUUGCUUACUCAAGAUUAAAAAGUAAGGUUGGCUGUACUGUACCCUUUUGCUGCUAUAAUUGCAGUAAGCAUGCUUGCCAUGUAACCACCACGAGUGAGGAUUGCACUAUAUUGUAAAUGGAAGGUAGAUUCCCUGCUGAGUGCAUUACAUAUUUAGGGCUUCCCACAGCCACUUUUUAGUAGUACAUGGUAUGUUGUGCACAACCAUCACCUGUAACCUCCUGCCAUUGCACACUUUUGUCACUUUUGGGUAAUGAAAUAAAAUUGCAUUGGUUAGGCCAUUUGAAUAAGGGGGGAAAAAAGGAGGGAACAUUUGUCCAAAAAAUCAGCAUACCUGCAGUAAGAUUUAUUUUUAAAUACAGUUUCAUAUACAGGUAGUGCUGCAUAAGAACAGGGAAUUGGGUGUUUUGGGUAUCGAAAAAGCAGCAGAGUUGAGUGGCAGUCAAAGUGGUUGUUGCUUUUUCAUGGGUAUAUAUGAUAUCAUGUCCAUAACAAUCUAAACCCCCUAUUCUAGUAGAACUUUUGUCUUACAAGAUAGCUCUAAUAGGAUUUUUAUCAUCCUGCCCAUUCCGCCUUUGAUGGCCCUCACUAGUAGGUGCUAUUGAAUGGGACCAAGCAACUAAGCUUUAGCUGUGAAGAGUGUGUGUGAUUUAUAUAAAAUCUCACAUACAUAUACACACAAACUUCAAAGCUAAAGCUUAGUAUCUUGGUCUCUAUGUAUUGUCAGGGAUCAAAUAUUUUACCUUCCGGUUCAGAGGAACCACAAGGCCAUUUACUGGGUAUAGUGGAAGUGUUUUAAAUUUGCAUUAUUUCUGGAAUCCAUAAAUGGAGCUUGUGGCAAGUAUUUAUUCUUUGCCAUCAGAUAUCCCACUCUAUGCAUUUUGGUCAGUCCUUAUGUAUAUAGAAGAAAUAUGAACUUGUAGCAAGUUAUUUCUGGGCAUACAAAGGGAAUAUGUAGGCUAAUCCUUUUGUAGACUGUGUGCCUAAAAAAACUGGUAUCUCUCUGUAUUGUAGACAUCUGUCCGUAUUGUACUAUGGGCCCCCAUUCCUUAAGAAGUGUUGAAAAUGUGAAGGGGGGGGGGGUUCUCUUGCUAAAUGAAAAAAGGGAUUGUUUGUAAGUUUAUUGUAAUCUUUGAGGUCAAGUGAAUAUUUUCAAGAAAAAUUGGAGAUCCCAUUUUAAAACAAUCAUGGCUACUUAAAAAAAAAUAAUAAUACAGAAAUACAACUUUUAAAUGUGAUCUCUAAACCGAAGAGAAUUGGCAGUAUUGAUUUAUGUAAUUGCCUUUUUUAUUGUCGUACCCGUUCAUUUGAAAGUUGUCAAUGUGAGUCGCCACUUUUGUUUUAAAUGAUUAAUAAUUGUAAAAUGAUCACGAGUAAGUACAAGGGAUUCAAGGUAAAUGACUUCAGAAUUUUUAAUCGUCAUUUUUUAAAAUUUGAAUACCUCCUGCACUUUAAAGUAAAGAUUACACUGUUUACUAAAGGGCUUGAAAGGUGAUCUUCUUUGGUGUUCUUCUAUCUACCACACAUUAUUGCAAAAAGUUUUUUUUUUUUUUUUAAAACCUGGUUUUAGCUAUUUGUACACUGCAGGUGGGGGCACACUGAAAAAUAUAAUGAAAUUCACCAAAUUCUUCAUAAUAAUGGAAAGGGCACCUAGUUAGUAGGAAAUAAUGUUUUGGAUUGUAAAAAGGUAAAUCUGAUCUAUUUUUGCCAAUGUGUGUAAUAAAAUGAGUUUAUACUUUUUCUUAGAAAGUGGCUUGUACCAUAAACUAUGUGCAGCAUGGCGUGUUGUGUCUGCAAAGUACAAAAUAUUUAUGUACAUUUUGAGAGAGAAAAUAAUGGUUUGUUUUAUGUUGUGGAAAAAAAUGUAAUAAAGAUUGUUAAAUAUU